UUUGCUUAAUUCACUUCUUAGUACUUCUUUAUCCCUUUCAAUAUUUUCUGCGUUCUCUGUUCAUUUAAUUAUGCACCAACAAGAUCUAAGGAGAAUACAAGAACUUCAUUCUCUUCGUUUAGUUUUGUUAUUUCUUUUUCUUGGGCAACUUUUCAUAUAG